AUGUUAUUAUCACAAAUUUGUACAAAUAAUUCACAAAAACAAAUACAAUAUGCAGAACCGUUUACUUUCACCUGUUGUAUGCGCCCGCGCAGGCGGCCCGGCUCCGGAGCUCGUUCUAAGUGUAGUCAUGUAGUGUCAGUAAGGUCCCGGCGCGCACGAGGAGCGCACGUCGCGCUCGUAUGUGAUGGUUCCGACGAGAAAAUGACUGAAGCGUUAGAGAAACCGUCUUCGGAGAACGUGAAGGCGACCGGCAACUUCCCGACCGUCUCCAGCCUCCAGUCCGAAGACUCCACCGAGCAGCUGAUAUGUAAGACGCCGCAGAAGGUCAGCAAGCAGAAGCGAGAGAGGAGUGUUGAAAAGAGUGUUGACGGCGGCAGUGAGGAUGGGGGCCGGAGGGGUGUGGUGUUGCUGGGGUUGACUCAAGUGGUGCUGGGGGCCCUGCUGCUGGGGGCGGGGGCCCUCGCUGUGGUGAAGGGGGCCUCGCUGUCCAGGGUGGGCGCGGGGCUCUGGUCGGGAUGUAUGGCCGUGGUGGCAGGAGUAGUCGGAGUGCUGGCCGGCAUCAACGACUGCUAUGGAUUGAACGGUGCAUCCGGUAAUGGUCUCCUGACCGCGUUCCUGGCGUUGUCUCUGCUGUGCCUCGCGUGCGGUAACAGCGCGGCCGUGCUGGCUGUCACCGGUCUACAGAGAGACUCACAGACUCAGACCACACUCACCACCUUCCAGGAUGAGAUGGAGGCGUGGAGGCCGGUGCUGGCUAACAUCGCGCUGCUCAUCAUCGCUUCCAUCCACUGUCUGGUGUGUGUGCUGUCCAUCUACAUCCUCUCCAAGAGGGUCUGUCCCUGCUUCAGACCCAAACAACCCUUCGACCACAACCAGUUCGAUCCCAACUUCAAACCGGUUCAACCCUGCGUGUUUCAUGUAGAUGAGAUUAAGAAAGCUCAUGAGGCUGAGAAGAUACGGACGAAAGAUGGUCAUGAGCUGUGUAAAGACUUGGAGAAGAAGUUACAGUCGGAUACAAUGAAGAAGAAAAAGGAGGAGGUUCCCGAAUACGGCAGUGCGAACAGUAAGGAGAAAUUGGUGAGUCGGUGGUUGGGUCGUCAGCACGUGCCCACCACGGGAACCACCAGACCUACGAGACCCAAAGGAGUGAGGAAGAACAGGAAGCCUCCUCCACACGUGAUGCUGGUACCAGCUCAUCCUGCGAGCACGUUGGGUCGUGUGCCAGUGAGUGUGAUGGUGCCUCCUCGCUACGCCACCCUCCCCUUACCACCAAAUCCUUACCACGGUCAGCCUAUCUUCUAUCCGAUGCCAGAAGCUCGUCGUCGCCGCCGCUCCCCCCCGGGUCGCCGGCCCCGUCCCCGCCGGUCCCGGGACAACCAGCUCACGAGGUCCCUGGAGAGGAUCCACAGGAAGAGACGACCUGAACAUCCUACAGUGGACGACCUUAAGAGAACAUACACCGGGCUAGACAGGACGUACGCGGAACAGUUCAUAGCGGUGUGUGACUCCAGCAGGCACGCGGCCGAGCAUCACGACUCACUCGCCUCCACACACACUGACUCCGAACACUCACAACACUCACACAACUCACAUCACUCAUAA